AUGGCAUGGAGAGCUAGAGAGAAGGCUAUAAAAGAUUUGAGAGGUGAUCCAGCUGAUUCAUAUAAGAAGUUGCUGGCAUAUAUAUACAUCCUUGAUAAAACGUAUCCUGGAUUGCUUGUUAAAAUGCAUAAAUCACCAGAAAAUGAGUUUAUGUAUUUGUUUGUAGCACUCAAAGCAUUCAUAAAGGGGUUCGAGUGUUGUAGACCAAUAGUUGUAGUGGAUGGUGCACACCUUAAAUCAACGUAUAAUGGUACAUUUGUGUCGGCAAGUACUUUGGAUGGAGCAGGUAAUAUCCUACCAGUAGCGUAUGGUGUGAUAGAUUCUGAGAAUAAUAAGUCCUGGACGUGGUUCUUUGAACUGUUCAAGCAAGCUUAUGGUGUUAGGCAAAAUAUGUGUGUCGUGUCCGACAGACAUGAAAGCAUAAUACACGCAGUUUCUAAGGUGUAUCCUACUGUUCCUCAUUUGGCUUGUAUAUUGCAUUUGUGGAAAAAUGUGACAAAGCAAUACACAUCGAACAGUGAGGUGUUGAGUCCUAUUUUUUAUUCACUGGCGAAGGCAUACACCCAGGAUGAGUUCGAUAAAUUGAUGGAGAAGAUUGGGAAUCUUGAAGAUGCUGGAAGGGAUAAAUGGUCUAGGCUUUAUUCACCUAUUAAGAGAGGAUGGACAAUGACUUCGAAUAUAGCCGAAUGUAUUAAUGGAAAACUGGUUGCUGCAAGAGAGUUACAUAUUUUUGAUUUCCUUGAAGAAGUGAGGAAGAUGUUUGGUAGAUGGAAUUGCACAAAUAGAAAAAAUGGUACCUGCACAUUCACAACACUGAUGAGGCGAUAUCAAGAGAUGUUGUCAAUCAACGAGUACAAAUCAAUACGAAUGAGGCCAGAAACAGUUGUGAACACAUAUGAUGUGCCGGUUGAUCCUCUUCCCGAUGAGACCGAGUGGAAUGUUCCUAAAAGCAUAUCAGAUGAAGUUGCUAUGCCACCGAUCUAUAAGAGACCCCACAGGAGGCCAAAAAAAGAAGGGAUAAGCCAUUACAGGAGUUGA